AUGGUUUCUACCGCCCUUCAAAUCAUCGUAGUCAAUAUCAACAUCAACAUCUACAUCAACCCAAGAACGACCACCAAGACCCGACACCCACCAAGCCCCAGCCGGUACACCAGACAACCCUUCUCAGACCUGCCAUACCAGACCCUCGGCACAAUGCACUUUUCCAAGCUCUGUUCGAUCCUCCUGUGCGCCGCCGGUGCCAUUGGCGCUGCCCUCCCCGCCAAGAGCAGACUACAGCGGGCGCCCGUCAACGAAAGCGACGACAACCUUCAGGCCCGCGACAUCGCCGGGAUAGAUGACGUGUUCAAUUGUCUGGCUCUACUAGCCGUGGAAUAUCUGGUUGAAGAAAACUUUCACGGCGACAGGGUGGACAUGCUGGUGGAACUUGUGACCUUUGGCUUCAUCACCGCAGACAGUCAAGAGUGGUAUCAGGAGACGUUUCCAGACGGCAUCAAGCAGACGAAGGGGGAGGGACUCACACACAACGAAAAAGAGGCCCUCAAAAAGGCUCACACAACUGAAGCGGAGGAAGAUUUCACAGCAAUCAAGCCCGAAGUGAAGAAGGAGAUGAUUGAUUAUGAUGCUGGUUCUGAUGCUGGUUCUGAUUCUGAUGGCGAUAAGAUGGAUGUCGACUCUAAUCACGACUCUGAUGUCGAGAUGACGGGGAUGCGCCGUAGCUAG